AUGGCAAAAUCGUUGGAACAACAGAGAUUUAUUCCAUCGGAAAAACAACUUUUUUGUCGCGUGGGGGCAAGCAACUUUUUUGUCGCGUGGGGGCAAGCAUGUCGAGGGAUGGAAAUUACACCCCUCCCGAUGAACGACCGUGCUAUUUUCCGCCCUCGAAAUCCACCCCUAGUCGAAUACAACCAUGUUGGGGCCGAAUUCGUGUCCAAAUUAGUAAACAAAGAGUUAGUCAAAGUCAACAACGAUCAAAAUAAAGAGAAAAAUAUCAUAGUCCACAAAGUCCAUUUCACCUUGGAGUUCCUACGGAAACUCAAGGCACAUGCCUCUUUUAUGAAUGGAAAGGCCAAAACUUAUAGCACGUUCGAAUGUCUUAUAGCCCAUUUGUGGAGGGUUAUUACAAAAUCGCGUGACUUAAAUGCGUUACAGAAUACCCAAAUUCGAAUAUCGAUUGAUGGAAGGAGAAUAAUAACACCUAGGGUUCCGGAUGAAUUUUUUGGUAACAUAGUGUUAUGGGCAUUUCCAACAUCAAAAGUGAAGGACUUACUAGAUGAACCACUUCACUAUGCAACAAAGAUUAUACAUGAGGCAAUUACUAAAGUUGAUGACAAAUAUUUCAAGUCUUUUGUUGAUUUUGCAAAUGAUGAAAAAGUUAUGACUAGACAAGAUUUAAUACCAAGUGCAAACAUGAAGAAUGAUUCACUUAGUCUAAAUUUGGAAGUUGAUAGUUGGUUGAGGUUUCCAUUUUAUGACUUGGAUUUUGGUACUGGUUGCCCAUUUGUGUUUAUGCCUUCUUAUUAUCCAAUAGAAGGGAUGAUGUUUCUUGUGCCAUCAUUUAUUGGAGAUGGAAGCAUUGAUGCUUUUAUUCCUUUAUAUGAACACAAUCUAACAAAUUUCAAGAAAAUUUGUUACUCUCUAGAUUUGAAAGCAAAGUGAGAAGAGCUACUGAUGGGGUAGGUGGGGG